AUGAUGGGCGCCUUCGCCCUCGACAAGGCCGAGACGGCCAAGUCAAAUACCGCGCCGAAGACGUUUACAGAGAGACCGCUGCUGGUUCGGCCCAAAGGCGCACGCUUCUCAUCGUCCAAAGCUUUUGACAGCUUCCGAGCUGCUCCUAAUUCACACACGUUCACACCCGCCAUAGGGGCAAACAGACGGUCCUACAACCAGCAGGCCGCCGCGUUCAACACGGCAAACUCGCUGCUGGUACGGAGGCUCAAGGGACGACAUUUGCAGAUGAUCGCCAUGGGAGGCUCCAUAGGAACUGGACUCUUCAUCGGUACCGGCGCAGCUCUUGCCACUGGAGGGCCGGCCUCUCUGCUGCUGGCAUUUUUGCUGAUCGGCGCCGUCCUGUUUUGCACGAUACAGGCCCUCGGGGAGUUGGCCGUGACCUUUCCGGUGGCGGGGAGUUUCUCGGCCUUCGCCACGCGUUUUAUCGACCCUGCCUGGGGCUUCGCUACCGGCUGGAACUAUGCUUGUCAGUGGAUAUUUACGAUGCCUAUCGAGAUCAUGGCCGCUGCUAUUACUUUGGAGUUCUGGGAUCUAAACUUGCCUGAGUGGGCCGCCAUCACGAUUUUCUUGCUCAUCGUUGCCACCGUCAGCCUAUGCGGGGUUAAUGUGUAUGGAGAAGCGGAGUAUUCAUUCUCGAUUAUCAAAGUCACGGCAAUCAUAGGAUUCAUCAUCCUUGGUGUUGUGAUCAAUUGUGGCGGAACACCAGACAGUGGGUACAUCGGAGGCAGAUAUUGGAGAAAUCCAGGCGCCUUCCAUAACGGCUUCAAAGGGUUUUGCAACAUUCUCGUGACAGCUUCAUUCUCCUUCUCCGGCACAGAACUUAUAGGCCUUGCAGCCGCCGAGACACAUAACCCCAGCAAAGCCUUACCGACAGCUAUCAAAAAGGUUUUCUGGAGAAUUGCUCUCUUCUAUGUCAUCUCGAUAGUUAUCAUCGGCCUCCUGGUUCCUUACACUGAGCCUCAACUCCUCGGCCGUAAUGAUGUCGACGCCAAAGCCUCUCCCUUCAUAAUCGCCAUCCAAACCGCAGGCAUCCACGGCCUCGAUAGCGUCAUGAACGCCGUUAUCCUGAUCUCUGUACUCUCCGUUGCCAAUUCUUGCAUGUUUGGCGCAACACGUACCCUACAAGCGCUCGGCGAGCAGGGCCAGGCCCCGCGUAUCUUCGCCUACGUCGAUCGUAAAGGCCGUCCUUUGUUUUCGAUUCUGGUAUGCUUAUUUAUUGACCUCCUCGCUUACCUGUACGCCUCGCCCUUGGCAGGCGAAGCUUUCACUUGGCUUUUGGCGCUGGCCGGGCUCUCUAGUAUCUUUACUUGGGCCAGUAUCUGCUUCGCACAUAUCCGCUUUCGCAGGGCCUGGAUCGAACAAGGCAAUCUUCUCUCAGACCUCGUCCACCAAUCCCCUAUCGGCGUCACCGGAUCCUGGAUCGGUCUCGGCGCCCUGAUCGGCGUCCUCGUUGCACAGUGCUGGGUCGCCAUCUCUCCUACAAGCGCCGCCCCAAAUCGAAGCUUCGCCGAGAUGACAGCAAAUUUUUUUGAGGCGUAUCUGGCCACGCCCAUUGUUGUGUUGAUGUAUUCGUGUUAUAAGAUUUGGUACCGCACCAAAUGGGUUAGGACCAGGGAUGUGGAUUUGCAGACAGGCAGGAAUGCUUUCGAGAGCGUGCACGUACGGAUGCAAUGGAAGGAGGAUCAGCGCGACUGGCCGAUGUGGAAGAAGCUCUAUAAGAUUUUGUGUUGA